AUUAUUCUUUAUGAGAGAAGAGUUUCUCUUGGGGUUUGGAUAGAAGCUAACGUGUUCUCUUGCCCCACAAUUCUUCAAUUCGAAGGGGUCUAAUAGGCCUAACGAUUCAUUUACAGCAGUUAGGCUAAACAUUUUAAAAGGAAGAACAACCAGACUGCCUUUGCAAGUGAGAAUGUUUGAGCUAAUGGGUCGACAGAAGAGCCUCAGGCUCGUAACCUAGUUCAUUGGGAAGAUACAAUUUGAAAUGAUGCCCAGCUCAGACCUGCUACAGUUCCGGUUCGCAGGCCACGGUGACACCGUUCUGGAGAAGAUGAACCUGCUGCGGGAGGACCGGCGGUUCUGUGACGUCACUCUCAUCCUCGGUGGGUUCCGUUUCCCGGGACACAGGGUGGUCCUGGCAGCCUCCUCCGCUUUUCUGCGAGAUCAGUUCUUGCUGCACGACGCCCGGGAGCUCCAGGUGUCGGUCCUGCCCAGUGCGGAGGUGGGCAGGCGCCUGCUGCUUUGCUGCUACACGGGCGUGCUGGAGUUCCCCCUGCGAGAACUGGUCACCUACCUGACGGCGGCCAGCGCGUUGCAGAUGAGCCACGUUGUAGAGAAGUGUGAACGAGCCGUCUCGCAGUACUUGGACCCCACCCUGGCCCAACUCAAGCUGGAGAAGAAUUCUGACCGACCCCUGCUGAAAGGAGAGGGCAUGAAUGCUGCGUGCCUCGGAGAUCAGGACCUACGCGGCCCAGAGGGAGCCGAAUUCGACCUGGACUCCGAGGACAGCGUUCAGAUCAUUCACACGGACGCUGCCAGCGCGGCCACACUGAGGAUCAAGCAGCAGGACAGUAGCCCGGGCUCGCCCACGGGAAGUCCGUCCCACUCAAGGGCAGGUGUGGCAGACAGCUCUCAGGACCAGGAGUUUGUGGGGGGGGACGUGUACAUGUUGGCUGCCCAGCACCUCCAGCUGGAGGGGGGGGACUCCCCGGGCCUGGGGGAGAGCAGCAGGAUGUCACGGGACGCCCUGGCGGAGCACCACUCCCCGCUCCAGCGCUCCUACUUCUGCCGGAAGUGCGACCGCGUCUUCCAGCAGCUGGAGAACUACGUGGGCCACCUGAAGGAGCACAAGCUCUACCUGUGCCUGCUGUGCGGGAAGAGCUUCUCGCAGAAGAGCAACCUGACGCGGCACAUCCGCGUGCACACCGGCAUCAAGCCCUUCCAGUGUCCGCUCUGCCACAAGACCUUCUCCCAGAAGGCCACGCUGCAGGACCACCUCAACCUGCACACCGGCAACAAGCCGCACAAGUGCAACUACUGCGCCAUGCACUUUGCCCACAAGCCAGGCCUGCGCCGCCACCUAAAGGACAUUCACGGCAAGAGCAGCCUGGAGAACAUGUUCGAGGAGGUGUGAGCGACCACAAGCAGGGAGGCUGGACCCUGUCUGAAGCGCAGGUGUCGUGGCCCGUGUAGCGGAGGACUCUGAAGACCGACGGACUUGUUGGGGGUUGGAGGCCUGGUGGCUUUUCUCUAUUGUGUGCAUCCUUGAGUACGACUCUGUAGUUAACAACUGAACCAUUGUGUGCUCCUUCUGAUUGCCGUUGAGAAGUGCCAUGUGAAGAUUACGGCGCUGGCUAUUGUUCUGAUAAUUAUGUGCCGUGACAAGGAGACAUGUCCCGUUGUUGUGUGUUUAAUAGCCUUCGUGUGAUUUAAUUAAUAUAUCAGACUGCUACAGGAGCCACAUGGUGAAGCUACGGCCAUUUUCCUGAAAAACCUGGGGCAGAAACACAGUUUGGUGCUGAACUAACAACACUAAUAGAGAUAGUUUCCUCUGUACAGAUUUCCACCUAUCACAUACUACUAAUAAUAAUACUAAUAAUGUGACCUUAUUAGGUUGUGGUCAGGCCUUUCUGUGUAGAGUUUGCUUGAGUGAGUUUCCUCCGGGUACUCCGUUUUCCUCCCACAGUCCAAAGACAUGUAGGUUAGGUGAACUGGAGGCUCUACACUGCCCGUACAUGUGAGUGUGUGAGUGUGUGAGUGUGUGAGUGUGUGAGUGAACGGUAUUUGUGCACUGCGAUGUCAGCCUGUCCCAGGUGUGUUCCCGCCACUCGCCUGACGUACAGUGCAAUAGGCCCAAUCCCUAACCCUGACCAGGAAUAAGCAGAUUAGAUGAAUAAGCAGGUUGGAUAAUGCAUGGAUGGAUGGAUGGAUGGAUGGAUUGAUUAUAUCAUUAGGCUAAAUUACCUCUCUCACAAUUGCAACAUCUUUGAUAUAAUAAUUUGGUUAUCAUAGAUUUCAUUGUAAUGCCAGAAAGGACUAUACACUGCUUGUACAGCAAUAACCUUGUCAAAUCAGCAACACAACCAUAACAACAAAAAGGCCAAAAUAAACUGCAUUGGUGAGUUUAAUGACAAUGUCAUUGCAAUACUGUACUCUUUUUUUACUGUUUUGAUUGAUUUAGAAUUGAGUAGAUUGAGUAGAAUUGAUUGAUUUAUAAGAUUUAUUGAUUGAUACGAUUUUCAACAUUCCACAAUGAAAAGCUUGUAUGAUACCCUUGAAACUAUGAAGUAUUCACUGAGCCUUCUUUCAGUAGAAAUGUAGGAAAGAAGAAAUGGUCUUUCAUAUGAUUGAUGUUUAAUAAAAACUUCCCUGAAUCU